CCGUGUUCGUUGUCCAUUUGUGUUGAAUCUGCUGAAGGUGAAAUCAAAGACUCGUCCCGAAACACAUUCGCAGAUUUGCUCGUUUCCCAGUGUUUAAACUUCAGGACAGGUGUUCAUGUGUUUCUGUUCUUAUGGCGACACUCGUUUACAGACAAACUGGACUCUUAAUGUCCAGCGUCUUCAGAAGAGCUGCAAUACAGAGACGCUUCUACGGUAAGUCUGUCUCCGAUAAGAUGUCCGUGAAUGGAGUGAAUCUGCACUAUCAUCGCGCUGGAGACGGAAAACACGCGGUUCUGCUGCUGCCUGGAGCUUUAGGAAGUGCUGAGACGGAUUUUGGGCCACAGCUGGAGCAGCUGGAUAAGAAGCGGUUCACUCUGGUGGCGUUUGACCCGCGGGGUUACGGACACUCACGGCCUCCAGACAGAGAUUUCCCGGAGAAUUUCUUCCACAGAGAUGCCAAGGACGCGCUGGACUUAAUGCAAGCUCUGGGCUUCAGGCGUUUCUCUCUGUUGGGCUGGAGUGACGGUGGCAUCACGGCUCUGAUCUCGGCUUCGUUAAACCCUGAACUCAUUAACCAGAUGGUGGUUUGGGGCGCCAACGCUUACGUGUCUAAAGAAGACGUUCAGAUCUAUCAGGCGAUGCGUGACGUGUCGUUGUGGAGCGAGCGAAUGCGCCGGCCGAUGGAGGAGAUGUACGGCGCUCAAUACUUCCGUCAGACGUGGGAGAGAUGGGUCGACGCGAUCAGCCAGUUCACACGCAAACCACAGGGGAACAUAUGUAUGGAAGCGCUGCCGCUGAUCUCUUGUCCCACGCUGAUCGUCCACGGGGCCAAAGACCCGAUGAUUCCCUCAUCUCACCCGCAACACCUUCAGCAGAACAUCAGCGGCUCGCGGUUACACGUGAUGCCGGAGGGGAAGCACAACCUUCACCUGCGAUAUUCCUCCGAGUUUAACGCACUGGUGGAGGGGUUUCUGUCCCCGUGAGCAGAUCCGGGCGCUCGGGGUUCAGUUACUGCGGGAAACGAGGACUGGGGACUUUUCUCUCGGGACUAAGAAGGUCAUUGAACGAUAACUGUGACUAUAUUAACAUGCAACAUCAGUGACGGAAAAUUACGAGAUUAAAGUUAAAUUCAUUAAAAGGC